UAAAGGCGGGGCGGGGGAGAAAGGGAAGGGCGGGAUGAGUUUGGGCUGCUUGUUGAGGCGGACGCUGCUGUUGGGAGCUCUGACGACGCGGGGACUGACUCGGACCAUGUGUGCCCAAGAGACUGACUGGCAGACGGCAAAAUCAAUAUAUGACUUCCACGCCCUGGAUAUCGAUGGCAAUGAUGUCUCUCUGGCGAAGUACAGGGGCCAGGUCUGCAUCAUCACCAAUGUGGCGUCGAAAUGAGGCAAAACUCCCGUAAACUACACUCAGUUUGUCGAUAUAUAUAGUCGAUAUGCAGAGCGUGGUUUACGGAUCCUUGCUUUCCCCUGCAACCAGUUUGGCAAACAGGAGCCAGGCACCGAGGCAGACAUCAAGGCCUUUGCCGCGGGCUAUGGGGUGAAGUUUGACAUGUUCAGCAAGAUCGAAGUCAACGGGGACGGUGCGCACCCGCUCUGGAAAUGGAUGAAGAGCCAGCCCAAGGGCAAGGGCACCAUGGGAAAUGCGAUAAAGUGGAACUUUAGUAAGUUCCUCAUCAACAAGGAAGGACAAGUGGUCAAGAGAUACAGCCCCAUGGACGACCCCGUUGUGAUCGAGAAGGAUCUGCCCGCUUACCUGUAGGCCCGGCUCCCCGUCGUGUCCCGCAGCUUGCCCCUCCACUUUCCUGGGACGCUCUGCCUCCAUGACGACUUGCCUUCAAGCCAAAACCAAUUGGUGGGGCAUGUCUGAAUCAACUGGCAUGGGCUCCCAGGGACGGGAUGGUGGCAGAUGUUGUGGCCGGUGCGCUUUGUAGCAAUAAACGCCUCGUUGUUUCUCUGCUCAUAA